CCACCCACUGGUGCCCACGCCUUCUUCGCGCCGCCGCCUCUGCAUGGCACAAACUUUCCUCCCGGGACGGAACACACUGUCUCAGGGAGCCCGUACCCGCGCCUUCUCCCCGGCGAGUCCGGAACGCUGCUGAGAUGGGUUGCGGAUUAAACAAGUUAGAGAAACGCGAUGACAAACGGCCUGGAAAUAUCUAUUCAACUUUGAAGAGGCCUCAGGUGGAAACCAAGAUAGAUGUGUCCUAUGAAUACCGCUUCCUGGAGUUCACAACCCUGAGUGCCGCCGAGCUCCCGCGGUCCUCAGCAGUGAGGCUGGCCUCCCUGCGAGACCUGCCCGCCCAGCUCCUGGAGCUGUACCAGCAGGGCUUCUUGCUGGUGGCCCUGCAUCCUUUCGUGCAACCAACCCACAAGCAGGAGAAGACACCCCUGGAGCACAUCUUCAGGGCCAUCCUGAUCAAGAAAACCGACAGAUCUCAGAAAUCUGAUCUGCACAAUGAAGGCUACGUCUUGGAAUUAGAUUGCUGUUCCUCCUUAGUUCACCUGACAGACCAAAAAAUCAUCCCAGAGUUCGUUGAAAAGGUCCAGGAGGCUGCCAGUCGGGGCCUGAAAUUCGUGAGUGUCAUCCCUCAGUACCGCUGCCCUGUGAACUCAGCAGGCAGCAGCCUCCCGGUGGGGGGUGGGGACAAGAAGAACCCAGGUGCUCCAGCAGGGGCGGAUGGAAGCCCAGAGCCCAACCAGGGCCCAGGAGGGGAGACACCCAUCACCGCCAAACAGCCCAGCUUGCCUUUGGAGGAGGGGGACGAUGCCGACUUUUCCAAGACUCUGGAUGGACCGGAUGGGGACCUGUCCGAAGUGCCUGGGGAACCGCUCUCGGGAAAAAUGGAGAUCUUCGCCCUUUUCAACAGACCGAAGAGCCAUCAGGAGUGCCGGCAGUACUAUACGGUCACCAUUCCUCUCCGGGUCUCCACGAACGGCCAGGCAGUGAGCGGUUUGGAUGCCAACUGGCUGGAGCACAUGAGCGACCACUUCCGGAAAGGAGGCGUGCUGGUGAAUGCCAUCUUCUACCUUGGCCUGGUCAAUGAUUCCUUACACAGCUUGACAGAUGGAGUAUUCAUCUUUGAAGCCGUUUCCACAGAAGAUAGCAAAACCAUGCCGGGCUAUGAUGCUAUUGUUGUCGAACAAUGGACGGUCCUGGAAGGCGUCGAGGUGCAGACAGACUACGUGCCCCUGCUGAACUCGCUUGCAGCCUACGGCUGGCAGCUCACCUGUGUGCUGCCAACACCUGUCGUCAAGACUAACAGGGAGGGAAACGUCUCCACCAAGCAGAUCGUCUUCCUUCAGAGACCGUGUCUACCUCAGAAACUCAAGAAGAAGGAAUCCAAGUUUCAGUGGCGAUUCUCCCGCGAAGACAUGCACAGCAGGCAGAUGAGGAAAUCCAAGGGUAAACUCAGUGCCAGAGGCAAGCGACAAGCCGAAGAAAACGACCGGAGUCUGGAAGACCAGUUUUCCAAGGCCGGGGACGUGGGAAACUGCGUGCUGAACCAGCAGCUGGAGGACGGAGCCUCAGAGGAGGCGAAGGGCCCCAUCCAGGAGGUCACCAGAGAGCCGCUGUGUCCCGAUGGCCAGCUCUGUGUGGAGGGCGGGGCCGUGCAGAACGGUCCUGCCGGCCACUGUGGGGCCUUGGCCGGGGGCUGUGAGGGGCCCUCAAGUCCUGGAGAGGAUGCUGGGGAGGGAGGUACUGAGGCAGUGGCUGCAGAGACAGCAGACUACUGAGUCCCAGCCGUUGGCGCUGCAGCCAGACCAGUCGGUCACCCGAGGCACUGCCGGCAGCCCGGUCGGGCUGCUUGGCCCUGGUGCCCUGUGUUCCCUUUGGCUUGGCUUGACCUCACUUGUGAGCUCGCCCAGGCCCUGCAGGGCUGGCUUCCUGACUGUUGGCUCCUGCACAUCCAUUUGAAAUGUGUCAUACUGCCCCCCUGUUAGAAUGCAAGAGGUCAGGUUACUUCUUCUCAACCUCAGGGCGGAAGGCCCAGCCCUGGCUCCACACUCCUCAGUGGGAGGGUCUGGACCGUCCAGUGCCUGUGUCCGCCCCCCAGGGCCUCCAGGGAGCAUGCGGUCAAGUCCAUGGACCUCCCUAGCAACAAACCGGGGCUGUGUGGGGUUCACUCCCACAGGCUGCCGGGGCAGUGUCCACCCUCUGCUGUUCCCUGUCAGCUGCUCUUCACCUAAAGCCCAGGACCCUGCUGCUGUGGCAAAGAAAAGGACCUUAGGGGAGGGCAGGUGCCCACCUCCUGGCUUUUCUCUAGCAUCCCAUAGACACUGGUAAUCUAGAGAUGAAAAGGUAACUCUGUUCGUGCACCUGCUUUUGCAGAAUGUCCAAGGAAGUAUCCUGUGUUAGUGUUAAUGCCAAAAUUUUUUUAAAGGUUUUGUAUCCAGCACAUCGUGUGAACUCGCGUUCUUUCUGUCAUUUCGGGGCAGCCCGGCGGGUUGGGUGCCCUUGUCGUGUGCUAUUUUAAUCCGUGCGUCAUUGGCCAAGUUGCUUCCCAUGUAUGCUAUCACGUGUUUAUAUUGUCCAGAAGGUAUCGUUAAGGCUUUACGUAGAUGCAACUGGUGUCUUCACCAAAACAACAGCCUGUCUCUUUCUUGUUUAGUUACUUAAAGCAAUAAAUCAUCCAUGAGUUAGA